AUGUCAGAAGAUUAUGUUCGAUACUUUGGAUUGUUACAAGGACAAAGGAAAGCAUAUACGCAAAUUAAUACUAUGCUUAUUGCUGAAGGUAAAAGUCUUGCCGAUUUUCCACAAAUGGAACAAUUGAUAGAAAACGAUGAAGAGGAUGAUUAUAGAACACUUGAAGAAAUUAUAGAAGUUGGUACCAGACAAUAUGAACAAUUAAAUGAUAAGCAGAAAGAAAUAGUAGAUCUUGUAUUAAACAGACUAGAUACUAAUAAUUACAAUAUUAAUUGUAUUUAUAUCGAUGGUCCAGGUGGUUCAGGAAAAACGUUUAUAUACACGACUAUCUGUCAUUUAGCCAAAAUUCGAAAUAAACAUAUAUGUACAAUGGCUUUUACGGGGAUUGCAGCGACAUUAUUUCCAGCAGGAAAAACAGUUCACAAAACAUUUGGAUUGCCAGUUCCAUUAUUUGCUGAUUCAUCAUCCAGCAUUAAAAUUCAAUCUAAGGAAGCUCGUUAUUUAAAAGAAAUAGACAUUUUUAUUUGGGAUGAAGCGCCAAUGGCUCCACGAUAUGCUCUAGAGAUUGUGAAUCGAACGUUACGUGAUAUCAUGAAUAAUGAUUUACCUUUUGGUGGAAAAAUCAUCGUGUUAGGUGGAUUUCAGACAACUACUCCCUAUUAA